AUGUUCCGCUUCCGCAGGUAUCGCGUCUUUGUGAUAUGUGCUGCUAUCCUGCUCCUCCUGCUCCUGCGCAUGUCCCAGAACGCCCAGUGGGAAGACAGCGCCGCCUCCAUCUACAAGCAGUACACCCACUCCGGCCCCAAGUCGAGACCUGAAAAUGGCGUCACCAGGCCGGAGAAUGCGCGCCCCGUCGAGGUUGAGAAGCAGCCCCCUCCCGUACAGGAUGUGCCCGUCAAGGAGUCGGAAGCGUUCAAACCCAUCGAGCCAGUAGACCUUCCAGAGCUCAAGUCCAGCAAGGAGACCAAUGGCCGCUUCGGCCUGCCCACGCCAGAGCAGACGGCCGGUGUCGAGGUGCCAUUGCCAACCGAACCCCUCGUCGGCGAUGCCACGCUGGUUCCGGCCGACGCAUCUAAGCCCACUGUGGCACCUGACAUUCCGGACCGGCCUCUUCCCAAGAUCGACGAGUUGUUUCCCGAAAAGCAGGAGAAGCCUCUGCAUGUGCAAAAUCCCCCGGGGGCCUACAUCCAGGACUCGCUCUCCGCCACCAGCACGAUCCACUGGCGGAAACCGCGCGAGCACUUCCCAGUCCCGGAGGAGUCCAUCAUCACGCUGCCCACCGGCAGUCCAAAGCCGAUCCCGCGAGUCCAACACCAAUUCACUGCAGAGUCCGACGAUGCUCGAGAGCAGCGCGAGUGGCGGCUGUCCAAGAUCAAACAAGAGGCAAAGGUUGCUUGGGCAGCAUAUCGCGAGCACGCCUGGCUGCAUGACGAGCUCAUGCCUGUUUCUGGCAAAUUCAAGGACCCCUUCUGCGGCUGGGCUGCGACCUUGGUCGACUCGCUCGACACUCUAUGGAUCAUGGGCUUGCAGGAGGAGUUUGACGAGGCCUAUUUGGCCCUCGACCAGAUCGAUUUCACAACCAGCCCCUUCAGGUCCGAAAUACCUGUGUUCGAGACGACCAUCCGCUAUCUGGGUGGCCUACUCGGCGCGUACGAUGUCACAGGCGGUAUCAAUGGCAAGUAUCCUCGGCUCCUCGCCAAGGCCGUAGAACUAGCCGAGAUCCUCAUGGGCGUCUUUGACACACCCAACCGCAUGCCCAUUUUGUACUACAACUGGAAGCCUACCUUUACCUCGCAGCCGCACCGGGCGUCGACCAUGGCCGGCGUCGCUGAGCUGGGCACCCUCCUCAUGGAGUUCACGCGCCUCGCCCAGCUCACGGGCCGCAACAAGUACUACGACGCUGUUGCGCGUAUCACAGACGCCCUCGAGGAAUACCAGAAUCGCGGUCUCGGCAUCCCGGGCAUCUUCCCACAGAAUCUCGAUAUCUCCGGGUGCAACAGGACCGCCACGUCUCUGCGGGACAUCGACAACAGCAGCCAGGGCGCACAGUACCAGUUUGAUUUCCUCGAUGACAAGGGAGGUGAAGGGUACAAGCCGUACGGGAGCAAGGACAAGAAGGUGUCCAAUGCGGCGCCCGACCUGGAACUUGACAUCCGACCUGGCAGCCAGCCCGGCGAGCCUGGUACCGCUGCGAUUCGCAAGAUCGAACCAGAGAAGCAGAUCGAGAAGCGAGGUGCCAAUGUGACGCUAAAUGACCUUGAGCUUGAGGACAAGCCGGCUGCGGCGACCCCGACGGCGGCUGCGGCGUCCAUGAAACAGCGAGAGGGGGUUGAGACGAAGCCGGCCACUGUCCCCAGCGUCCAGAACACACGCGCGCCGCCGUUGGCGGCAGACGGACGGUCUGCGGAGUGGGAUUGCGUCCCCCAAAAUAUCACAAGCGGCGGCUACGGCUCCGAUUCGUACAGCAUGGGUGGCAGUCAGGAUUCUGCAUAUGAGUACUUCCCCAAGGAGUACCUCCUCUUGGGCGGACUCGAAGAGAAGUAUCGUACCAUGCACGAGAAGACUGUCGCUGGCGUCAAAAAGUACUUGCUCUUCCGCCCUAUGAUCCGGGACACCAAGCGCAACUUGCUCUUCUCCGCCAAGGUGACCAGCAACGGUGGCACCAAGCCGAACGAUCUCACCUACGAUUACGAGGUUACGCACCUGACGUGUUUCCUAGGCGGCAUGUUCGGACUCGGCGGCCGGAUUUUCAACUCGCCCGAGGAUAUCGAGAUUGGCAAGCGGCUGACGGACGGCUGCGUCUGGGCCUACGAGGUCAUGCCGACGGGCGUCAUGCCCGAGUACGCCUCCAUCCUGCCCUGUGAGUCGACGACUGGCGAGUGCGAGUUCAACCAGACGAUGUGGCACGAGAAGUUGGAUCCGGGGUCGGAGUGGCGCGACCGCCAGCUCGACCAGUACCUAGUGCAGGUUGAGGAGUGGCAGGCCAAGAAGGACGAGCUGCUCAAGAUCCAGCAGCGCAAGAAGCUGGCAGAGAACGAGGCCAUGUGGACCAUGCCUAAGAAGACGCCCCCUACCCCCGAGCCAGUGGAGCGACAGGGCGAGGAGACGCUGUACGACUCGGGGUCUGCAGGCAACAGCACGAACCCACAGCCUGAGAAAGAGGACGCGAGUGGCGGCCAAUCAGCCGCAUCAGCUCCCGGAGUUGACUCGUCUGCCUCUUCCUCCUCCCCUUCUUCUUCCACCUCUAAGCAUGAGAAGCGCGCUGCCGUACCGCCCUCAGCGGAAGAGAGGAAGAAGAUCAAGGAGAAUCUGGAGAUGCUCAAGGAAAAGGAAAAGAAGCUCGAGGCCGAGCUUGACCUCAACAAUGCCGUCGGCACCGAGCACUACAGCGGCCACCGCGGCUACAUGGCGGGCGACACGGCCGGGGGCGCCCAAGACCAGACGGUCAUGACCGACGAAGCGCUGGAAGCGCUCCUGCCGCCGGAGCCCAUGAAGCCGCUGACGCACGCCGAGUACGUGAGCAACCGGAUCAAGAACGAGCGCAUCCCGCCCGGCUUCACGAGCCUCCGGGACCGGCGGUACAUCCUGCGGCCCGAGGCCAUCGAGUCGGUCUGGUACAUGUACCGCAUCACGGGCGACGCGGCCUGGCAGGACAAAGGGUGGGACAUGUGGCGCGCCAUCAUGGCGGCGUGCAAGACGGGCACGGCGCACAGCGCCAUCGACGACGUGGCCGACCUUGGCGGCGCCGACGGCAGGCCGCAGGCGACCGACUCGAUGGAGAGCUUCUGGAUCGCCGAGACGCUCAAGUACUUCUACCUGCUCUACAGCGAGCCCGACGUCAUGAGCCUCGACGAGUGGGUGUUCAACACGGAGGCGCACCCCUUCAAGCGACCCGUCUGA